UUUAGGUUUUUACUGAUAGUAUCAUCACUUUAUAUCAUAGUGCUGAACAAAUUUAUGAUGAUGUCGGUGAAACUCUGUCCGAGUCAGAAUCAUGCCUGAAGAACAAUUUAAUAAGCCCCUGUUUGCAAGCGUGUAUAAGAAUGCUUCGCAGCAAUAAAUAUGAUAUUACAUAUGUACCAGGGGAGGUUGAAUUGGCUUCAAUGACAGAACAAUUAAGUAAGCAAGGCCUGUUAGAUACCCGAUAUAUCUAUAAAGCAGAUGGUAAAAUCAGGAUAUAUGUCAACAAGCAAGAAGUUUUGAUUCUUGAAAUAUCCAGUGCCCUAGCACAAGCAACUCAAGAAAAGAUAAACUUUGAUCAUUCCAAAGCAAUGUUUGGAAUGCUCUCAAUCUUGAAAACGCUUGCCAACAAUUAUGACCAUGGAACUUUCGCGUCUUUUAAGAAUAUUAAAAUUCAUUUUGUUCAUGUUUAUGGGCAUGCAGUUAGACACUGGACAAUGAUGACACCAGAGCCAGGAGUGUAUAUAAUGACCAAAGAACAAAGGGCAGAUAUCCCUUUGUGCAUUAACAAUAUGCAUGAUGAACUGAUAUCAUUUAUCCGUUUGCAUUUAAACCUAACUGUGAGAUAAUAGUUAACUUAUUUUAAUCGCAAUAGUCACUGACCGAGUUUUUUUU